AUGGAAGUUCCGGGAUAUCCCGGUCUUAUUAAAACAAUCGAAGAUGGUGAAGAAGUUGAAGAUUUUUCAGAAGAAUCCGAUAUAGAAGAGGAUUACCAACCUUCAAAACAAAAGGUGAAAAGGAAAAAUGAUUUUGAUCCUCAAUUCAAAUUUGUAGCGUCAGUUGAGGAAUACAACAAGAACCCAUGGGACAAUUUACAAAAAUAUGUGCGAAGAAAUGUUAAACAUACAUUGGAUGAGAAGAUUGCAAAGAGGAGAGCACAAGUGAAGGUUGAGGGUAACAGUGGCGAUGUUGAUACGGACUCUGAAGAGGAAGCUAAAGAUGAGGGUGUUGAUGAAUUGGAAAUAUCAGAUGAUGAACUCAAAAGAGAUGAAAUAAAGACUAAAGAAAAGAAGCUCACCAAAAAACAGAAGUUGAAAGAGGAGCUUAAAGAAGAUGAUGGGCUAGGGGCCCGCAUUGAGUAUGACUCUGAUUUCUUCGAGGAGCCACCACCAUUUGAUGAACAGGCCUCUUUCUAUAUGAUGAAUCUUUCACGGCCACUGCUGAAGGCAAUUGGGACACUGAACUAUGUCCAUCCUACACCUAUACAGGCGGCUACAAUCCCUAUUGCUUUGUUGGGCAAAGACAUAUGCGCUUGCGCCGCAACGGGUACUGGCAAGACAGCGGCUUAUAUGUUACCCAUUCUGGAGCGACUCCUGUACAAGGCUGCUGGUGGAGACAGGGUUACCAGAGUAUUGGUGUUGGUGCCUACCAGAGAGCUGGGUGCACAGGUUCACACUGUGACCAGACAAUUAGCACAGUUCACCUCCGUCACAAUUGGCUUAUCCGUUGGUGGUUUGGAUGUAAAAUAUCAGGAAAGCGUGCUGCGACGCAAUCCGGACGUGGUGAUAGCGACCCCGGGGCGUCUGAUCGACCACAUAAGGAACACGCCCUCAUUCAGCCUGCACUCCAUCGAGGUGCUGGUACUCGACGAGGCUGACAGGAUGCUGGACGAGUACUUCGCGGAGCAGAUGAAGGAGAUCAUCAGGCAGUGCUCGGCCAAGCGGCAGACGAUGCUGUUCUCGGCGACCAUGAGCGACGAGGUCCGGGACCUGGCCGCCGUAUCCCUGGAUAAGCCGGUCAAACUCUUCGUGGACUCCAACAAGGACGUCGCCUUCAAUCUGCGCCAGGAGUUCGUCAGGAUACGGAAGGAGCGCGAGUCCGACCGCGAGGCGAUCCUGGCUGCGCUGGUAUGCCGCACCUUCCGGGACCGCGCGGUGGUCUUCGUGCAGACCAAGAAGCAGGCGCACAGGCUGCACGUGGCCCUGGGUCUGCUAGGGGUCAAGGUGGCCGAGCUCCACGGUGCGCUGAACCAGCCGCAGCGGCUGGACUCACUGAAGCGGUUCCGCGAGGAGCUGGUGGACGUGCUGGUCGCGACGGACGUGGCCGCCCGCGGGCUGGACAUCCCCGGCGUGAAGACCGUCCUCAACUUCACGCUGCCCGCCACCCUGGAGCACUACAUCCACAGGGUGGGGCGUACCGCGCGCGCGGGCAGAGCGGGCGUGUCCGUGUCGCUGGCCGGCGAGGGGGAGCGGGCGCUCGUGAAGGCGAUCGUGAGGCGGGCGAGGAGGCCGGUCAAGUCGCGCGCGGUGCCGCCCGACGUGGUGGCCAAGUACCGCGAGCGGCUCGCGCGCCUCGAGCCCGAGAUAGCCGCAAUACUCGACGAGGAGUACGCUGAGAAGCAACUCAACAAGAUGGAGAAGCAGACCUCCAAACUUGAGAGCAGCAUCAAAAAGGAGAAGGGGCCACUGUUGGAGACGAAGCGGCAACACGACUGGUUCCAGACCCCGAAAGAGAAGAGAGAGGAAAAGGAGAGGCUAGCGUUGACCCGCCACCAAGGAAAAGAAAACCCGAAGGCAAAAGGCAAGAAGCGAAAGCGCGACGAUGGUUCCGACGAUGAAGACGACAAGAAGAAGAAGAAGAAGAAACAGACUAAGCACACGCCCAAGGACACAGCCGAAGAGCGAGUGAGAAGGGAGAUGGAAAAGGUGGCGCUGCUCCAAUCGAGGAUGGCCAAACGCAAGAAGAAGCAACGCAGGAUCAGGGCGGUAGACGACGAGGACGAUGGGCUGACGGCGAGGAGGAACAACGCGAGGAGCAAGAAGAAGCAGACCAACUUCGCCACCGACCUGACAGACACUUCGAGGACCGCCGCGAAAAGACUCCGCUACGACGCUAAUCAAGCGCAGAAGGGCAAGGGAUUCCCCCUUAAGGCUAAGGCCAAGGGACCCAAAGGGAAGGGCUCCAAAAAGAGCAAAACGUUCGGCAAACCGCAGGCCCCAAAGCAGGGCGGGCGGAGGAAAAAA